CUCGCAUCCCGCUAUGCGAGAGACUCUGAAGCCCGCAGGACAACACUAAAUUUGUAAUGAAAUGGAGUCUGGGUCAAGCUCUUUUCGAGUGGAAUUUCCAGAUUUUUCUAGCACCAUAUUGCAGAAGUUAAACCAGCAACGCCAGCAAGGACAAUUAUGUGAUGUAUCCAUUGUAGUUCAGGGCCAUCUCUUCAGAGCCCACAAAGCUGUUCUUGCAGCUAGUUCACCUUACUUCUGUGAUCAGGUUCUCCUAAAAAACAGCAGGCGAAUAGUCCUGCCUGAUGUGAUGAAUCCCAGAGUAUUUGAAAACAUUCUUCUGUCUACCUACACAGGCCGGCUGGUAAUGCCUGCUCCAGAGAUUGUUAGUUAUUUGACAGCAGCAAGUUUCCUGCAGAUGUGGCAUGUGGUGGAUAAAUGCACUGAAGUGCUAGAGGGGAACCCAACAGUUCUUUGUCAGAAGAUGAAUCAUGGCAGUGAUCAUCAGUCCCCAAGCAGUAGUAGUUACAAUGGCCUUGUUGAAACCUUUGAACUUGGCUCUGGAGGACAGACGGAAUUUCACAAAGUGCAGGAACUGAGAGAUGGUGAAAAUGAAGAAGAGAGCUCUAAAGAUGAACUGUCAUGUCAGCUGACAGAACAUGAAUACCUUCCUAGUAAUUCUUCAACAGAACACGAUAGACUUAGCACUGGAAUGACAAGCCAGGAUGGUGAAGAAGGAACUAGUGAUAGUGCAGAGUAUCAGUACACCAGACCUUUGUAUAGCAAACCCAGCAUCAUGUCUCACAAGCGGUGGAUCCAUGUGAAGCCAGAAAGAUUUGAACAAGACUGUGAAGGAGUUGAUAAUCCUUAUGACGAGCACCAGGUUUCUGAAUCCAUGAAUGCCAUUCAGGCAGACCAUUCAAUCCAGUCUUCAGGUGUUGAAGACUUUCAUAUAGGUGACAAAAAGAUGGAAGCAGAAUUUGAUGAACAGGCAGAUGAAAGUAAUUAUGAUGAACAAGUUGACUUCUAUGGCUCGUCUAUGGAAGAAUUUUCUGGUGAAAGGGCAGAUGGAAAUAUUAGUGCCCACAGGCAGGAUCUAAUGAUAGCAGCAGGCUAUGGUGAAGGCAUUGAAAUGGCUACAGGAAUUAAAGAAGAAACAUCUCUUACUGGAUUCUCGCAUGCUGAUAAGCUGUACCCUUGUCAGUGUGGAAAAAGUUUUACACACAAAAGUCAGAGAGAUCGGCAUAUGAGUAUGCACCUUGGUCUUCGACCUUAUGGCUGUGGUGUCUGUGGUAAGAAAUUCAAAAUGAAACACCAUCUUGUAGGCCACAUGAAAAUCCAUACAGGCAUAAAACCCUAUGAGUGUAACAUCUGUGGGAAAAGAUUCAUGUGGCGGGACAGUUUUCAUCGGCAUGUGACCUCUUGUACCAAGUCAUAUCAAGCUUCUAAAGCUGAGCAGAGUACUACUGAGAUGAACUAAGACAUCCAUGCUUAGUAGAGUAAGCAGAAUAAAUUAAUUAUGCAAAUAAAGCUUGGUACUUGCUAUUGUAAAUUCUCCAAAAAAACAAGUUGUAAUAAUUAUGCUGGUAGGAGCA